GGUAAGUGAAAGUGAAACUUAAGGAGCAGCAGGAGAAGAGACACGUAGCACGUCGUCUGGUUGAAACAUUUUACUCUUCGCUGAUUUAUCUUCAAAAAACAUGGACAUGCAAAACACGUGGAGGAUUGUCCUUCUGGGAAAAACCGGAGUUGGAAAGAGCAGCCUUGCCAACAACAUAUUUGGAGACACCAUAUUCAAAAUAAACAUUUUGAGCGACUUGGAAACACAUUCCACUACAGCCCAAAUCCAAACUGUCACUGGAAGAAGCAUCACUUUGAUUGACACUCCUGGUUUCUUUGACCCCAGCAGGUCUGAGGAGGAGAUGAAUUCUGAGAUGAUGAGUUGCAUCGCAGAGUGCGCUCCUGGGCCUCAUGUCUUUCUCAUUGUGCUCAAAGUGGAGAAAUUCGUAGAGCACAAUGAGGAUGUCGUCUCACAAAUUUAUAAAUACUUCUCUAAAAAUGCUCUAAAAUAUGCCGUGAUUGUCUUCACUCAUGGCGACCAGCUGCAACAGGGAAUGACACUGGAGAAGUAUAUUGAGGAAAGUGGCAAUCUGGGUGACCUGGUGAAGAAGUGCGGGGACCGAUGCCACGUCGUUGAUAAUAAAUACUGGAAGGGCAACCAAGGGGACGACAGAUGCAACGAGGUCCAGGUGGCAAAGCUGCUCACCACCAUCACCCAGCUAGUGCUGGGAAACAAGGGAGAAUUCUACACAGACAAAAAUCUACGAGGAGUUAGGGAACAGAUUCAGAAAGAGGAAGAUGUCAUUAGACUGUCAUCAGGAAACAUGUCACAGGAAGAGAUCGUGAAGCAGGCGAAAAGCAACGUCGUUAAGAAGCAGAUAGACGCUGCAGCUAAAACAUGGGGGAGUUGCUUUAAGAGGUUUGCAAUCAUAGCUGGAUUAUUUACAUUCGUCUCAACUAUGUUGCUCUAUUCAAGAUUUGGGAAGGUGUUGAAGAAAGCACUCCCAUUUUAUGAAGAAUGAGCAGCACCAGAACUGGCAGAAGUGGUGGUAGAACAAGCUGAUGUCCACCAGCCAGUACAAUAUAGAGGUAGUUAUUAAUCACACAUUGAUUACAUAUUGGAACACUUUUUUUCUCCUUCUUAUUAAUCUGUCUCAUGUGAGACCAACUUCAUGGAAGUGAAAUAUUAAAUGUGUACCCUUUAAUGGUGAUUAUUUUCUGUUUUGUUUGUAUGUGCCAAUUAGUCAUGCAUGUAUUAUGUAACAUUAAACAGCUGAUGGAUCUCAUGUCUUUUCAGCUGCUUUCUUCAUGUAACCACCUAUGCUGUUGAAGUUAAAGGCUGACUAUACUUGUACCUUCUAACUGUCAAUAAAUUCAAUUACAAGACAAAAAACAA